GGCGCUGAGUGACAGCGGGGGCCCUGUGAGGAGAAGAAGGAGGCGGCGCGGCGGCCGCCAUGGAGUCGGUGCGGGCGCAGCGGCUGCAGCCGGGGGUGGGGACGCUCCGCUCCCUGCGGGCCGGGCUCGCCGGAGCCUCGGCGGGGCCUCCUCCGCCUCCUCCCCCUCCGCUGCCCUCUUCUUUGGGGCUGCAGGGCCCCGCCGCGUUGUCGCAGCCCCCCCCCCAGCCCGGUGCCGGGCCCCCCGCCGUGCUGAGGGAGGCGGUGGAGGCGGUGGUGCGGAGCUUCGCCAAGCACACGCAGGGCUACGGCCGCGUGAACGUGGUGGAGGCGCUGCAGGAGUUCUGGCAGAUGAAGCAGUCGCGGGGGGCCGAGCUGAGGAACGGGGCGCUGGUGGUCUACGAGAUGGUGCCCUCCAGCAGCCCCCCCUACGUCUGCUACGUCACGCUGCCGGGGGGCAGCUGCUUCGGCAGCUUCCAGUUCUGCCCCACCAAAGCCGAGGCGCGGCGGAGCGCCGCCAAGAUCGCGCUGAUGAAUUCGGUGUUCAACGAGCACCCCUCGCGCCGCAUCACCGACGAGUUCAUCGAGAAGAGCGUCUCCGAGGCGCUGGCCUCCUUCAACGGCAACCGGGAGGAGGCUGACAACCCCAACACCGGGAUCGGCGCCUUCCGCUUCAUGCUGGAGUCCAACAAGGGGAAAUCCAUGCUGGAGUUCCAGGAGCUGAUGACGGUUUUCCAGCUGCUUCACUGGAACGGCAGCCUGAAGGCCAUGCGGGAGCGGCAGUGCUCCCGCCAGGAGGUUCUGGCCCACUACUCGCACCGCGCCCUGGACGACGACAUCCGCAACCAGAUGGCCACGGACUGGGUGAACCGGGAGCAGGGCAACCCCGGGGCCCUUUCCCGGGAGCUUGCGGCUACCGAGAGGGAGCUGGAGGAAGCCCGGCUGGCCGGCAAGGAGCUGCGCUUCCACAAGGAGAAAAAAGACAUCCUCAUGCUGGCCGCCGGGCAACUGGGGGGCGCGCACCCCCCCGGCUGUUAGGGCCCACCCCAAAAACGCCCCAAAAAAACCCACAGAGCCCAUAGGGCACACAUAGGGCACUCCUAGGGCACCCGAAAUCUCGUCCCCUUUUGCACAUUUUGCGGGGAAACGGAGCCAAAACGGCGCCCCGAGGGUUUUGGGGCUUUUCGGCGCUCGCUUCCGGGCCUGAUCCUAAAUCGCCGAGCUCCUCCCGCACCCCCCUUUUUUUUAUUUUUAUGUAUUUUUUUAAAUUUUUUAUCUAAAAGCAGCAGUUUUUGUAACACUAACACUUAACCCUUCCUGGCGGUACGGCCGCGGCGCUGCCUCCGCGAGGCUCCUGCUCCGCGAAGCUGUUUUUUUUGUUUUUGCCUUUUUUUUCCCCUUUUUCCCUCCGUCUCAACCCAAAAGGGAUUUUUGUGGGGUUUUGGGGCCAGCCAGGCAUGAGGAGGAGGAAGAGGAGGAAGGAAAACCGAGGACCGGGAGCUUCUCAGCACAGCUUUGCCCUUUCUCUGCUUUUUUCCCCCCAAAAAAAAGGCACGAAGCCCCUCGGGACCGUCCCAACGCCGCUCUAGGCCCCCCCCUCAUUUUGUAUUCUCGCCCUGAGCGGCCCCUUUUUGGGGUUUUUUUAUAUAGAUAUUUUUUUAUACGCAGCCUCUUCACGCAGCACCGCCGAUGUGUAACGCGUCCAUAAACGUGACCCUAAAGCGGCCGGCA